GGCCCAAUCAAUUCUCCCUUCUUCUCCAUUUCAGCAUUUCUCCGACAACUCUGUACCUAAACCUUCCAAUUUGCAACACAGCCUUGCGCCUAGGCACGUGUAGACAUGGGUGGAGCUGCUCACGCCUUGAAGAGAAUCCCGCGCAUCAAGUUUCCUCAGCGCCAUCCUAAUCCUUCUGUUGAUUAUUCGGCAGGUUCUACAUCCCAGCAUUCACAACAUCAGGCAACAUCUGCAUCUAAGGAUGCCCCUCAAACAUUUUUCUCUAGUUCCUCCUCUAAAAUGAGUGUGGGAGGAAAGGCUUCCGACCAACCCAAAAGAACGCCAGUGUCUCAAGAGGAGAUUGACUCUAUUAUGUUGGGUGGCUGUUUUUGAAUCUUGAUUAACAUCUGGAGACAGAAGACAGUACAAUAAGCUUUUGGCACUCAUCAUGAAUCAUGCUAUGUCUCAGAGAAUGUGUUUUUUCUUUUUCUUUUUUUGGUUACAGCAAUGUUGUACUCUUUGGAAUUCAUUGACUACUGAUUGACUGAUUUUGCUUUUGGUUGAUAGUCAUUCCAUGUUGGAAUGCAUGCAUUUGUCUUUCAUAUGUCAUUUUAAUCAAUAGACUACAUCUCAUCAGCCUAUGAUAGAUGUUACAAAUGCAUCAUUGCACUAAUAAAUCACCUCAGUUUUGUUAAGGAUUACGUCAA